AUGUCAAGACCAGAACAUAUAGCACCACCAGAAAUUUUUUAUGAUGAUGUUGAAUCAAAGAAAUAUUCAUCAAAUUCACGUAUUAUUGAAAUUCAAACUAAAAUGGCAGAAAGAGCUUAUGAAUUAUUAGCAAUACCAGAGACAGCAGAGGGAUUAAUGUUAUUGGAUAUUGGUUGUGGAUCAGGUAUUAGUGGUGAUGUUAUAACGGAUGCAGGACAUUAUUGGAUUGGUUGUGAUAUUUCACAACAUAUGUUGGAUGUUGCAAUAGAUAGAGAGGUUGAGGGAGACGUAAUGUUGAGAGAUAUAGGACAAGGGUUCCCAUUUAGAGCAGGUUCAUUCGAUGCCGCAAUAAGCAUUUCCGCAAUCCAGUGGCUUUGCAAUGCCGAAAAGUCGCACCACAACCCAAGAAAGAGACUACACACAUUUUUUCAAUCACUAUUCAAUGUUUUAACACGUGGUGGUAAAGCAAUCUUACAAUUUUAUCCAGAGAAUUCAGCUCAAAUUGAGAUGAUCACUGCAUCUGCAUUGAGAUGCGGUUUUAGUGGUGGUUUGUUAAUUGAUUUUCCAAAUAGUAGUAAAGCAAAGAAAUACUUUUUAGUUUUAUUCACUGGUAAUAAUAAUAUUAUGCCAUCUGCAAAAGGUGUAGAAGGUGAGGAAUAUGAACAACAAGAAGAGGAAGACAGUAAUGAAGUUAAAUACUCAAAUCGUAAAAGAGAUAGAAGACGUGUUACAAAAUCAAAAGGUUCUGCUCAACAUAAAACUAAAGAAUGGAUUAUGAAUAAAAAAGAUAGACAAAGAAAACAAGGUAGAGAAAUUAAAAAUGAUUCUAAAUUCUCUGGUAGAAAAAGAGGUCCAAAAUUUUAA